GCAGAAAGGCUCCGCGUCUACGAGUGCGACGUGGCCAAUCUCCUGCCCGAGCUCCUUGAACUGCCCGCAUCCCACCGACCCCGCCCAGACAUCGUCACAGCCGGCACUCCCUGUCAAGGCUUCUCAGCAAUGAACCGCAGACGAGAUCCAGAGGACCCGCGCAACUUUCUGGUCUUCAGUGUGCUGAGCUAUGUUGAGGUUCUACGCCCGUCGUAUUUUGUGCUGGAGAAUGUCGAGGGGAUGAUAUCUCCAACAAUGAGUGUGGGCAAGGAGCGACAGGGCUUUUUGAAGGUGCUGGUGAUGACGCUGCUUGAGCUGGGAUACGGUGUACGGGUGUCGCAUGUCCAGGCUGCGAGGUGCGGUGCAGCCACGAUGCGCGAUCGCAUCAUUCUGAUGGCUAGCAGAGAGGGGCUGCCACUGCCUCGCCAUCCUACGGCGACAAAUGUGCUACCUUCCACCACCAUUGAGAAGGUAACUUUGGAGCCGACACCUGCGGCUCCUCGACAGUACCGCUGCUUCACCGACGAGGAGUUUGCAGAGGGUUGCGCACCCCAUCCUGCCCUCACAGUUGCGUCUGCGUUGAGCGACCUGCCGAUUUGGGACUGGCAAGACCCGCACUCCGCUAUUCAGGAGACCCAGCAGGACCAGGAGCUUGCGAGGCGAAGAAAGCAAGGUAUCCCCGUCUAUGCCGGCGACUCGCAGCGCCCGCUCAUUGGCCCACGCUUGCAAUCGUACUCGUCGCCGCCGAAAAAUGUCUUUCAAGCGCUGAUGCGAUGGGGCAGCGCCGGCCGUGUGACGCAGCACCAAACUCUCCGCUUCAGUUCUCUGGAAAUCGAGCGCGUGGUGCAGCUACCCUUCAGACGAGGCGCUAAUCAUGAAAGCUGGGCGAGCGCGUACGUCGGCCGGCCGCACCUCACGCCUGGCCGACUCGAGUCGCAGAGCGCCUUUUCUCCCGCCGGUGGUAGCGCCGGCGGCGGAUGGGGAGACGGCACGACGCCGAUGGACAGGGCUGAACGGCUCCGCAUCCGUGACGAGGUGCGUCGCGCUGACCGGUCGUACCGCAGAAUCGAGGCGGACAAGCCCUGCCCUAUGCUGUUCACGACUGCUGCGCCUGGAGCGUACAAUGGGCCGUGCAUACAUCACAAUGCUGCGCGAGCGCUAACUUUGCGCGAAAGGAUGCGCGUGCAAGGCUUCCCUGACUCUGUGUCCUUCUACGGGACGCCGGAUGAGGUGCAGCAGCAGGUCGGAAACGCGGUGCCGGUGCCCCUGGGUAUGGCUAUUGGGAGAUGUCUCCUCGAGAGCUGGGACUCGCAAGGCAGUUCUGCUGGUGAGAAGAGCGAGCGUCGCGGCGAAAAGCGCAAGGCAGGGGCCAUGUAGCGCGCAUGAGUAGGCGACGGAACGACAUGUGCUAGACUUUGAUUGCAUUCAUCCACCCCAUCUUCUCCUGCCCGGCCCUGUCGGUGGUGUGCUAUAGUUCGUCGUCGAUCUGCUGCUCGGCCCCGUCGACGGUGUGGCUGCGGCUGGGUACGGCCCUUGUCUCCUGUCCCACCGCGAUGUGGUCGGCGUGGACGACG